AUGUGUGAGGACAUCAUUGGUACUAUGACUAGACCUGAAACCAUUCAUCGCAAUUGCUUUGCUGACGAUUCUUUUGGCGUUGGGGAAGCAUUAAAUGAAUACGCCUAUGGAAAAGGUUUGGUGGUUAGGGGUUCGCAUUAUUUUAGUUCCGGGUCAUUCUUAAAAUUAACAGGAGAUCAAACCUUAGCUUCUCAACAGAAAGAUAUAGCACAACGUAAGCUACUGAGAGCGUGGACUUUCUUAGCUCCAACCGACGGUCUUUCUUUCAAGGAAUACAAAGAGAAACACGUUUUACAGUACGAAGGACUCGUCAAAGCUUUGCCGAAGAAUGUUCAAAUCCUUACGCUUGAGCCUUGGAUCGAUCAAUCGUUUUUGCUUCGAUUAGAACAUGUUUUCGAAGUAAACGAAGAUCCCCAUUGGUCGAGCAAUCAAAUCGUUGAUCUCAAUGACAUUUUUACAUCGUUUGAAAUAACGUCAAUAGAAGAAACGACUCUUGGCGCAAAUCAGUUAUUGAAAGAAAACGAACGUUUAUAUUUUACUAGAGAGACGAACGAAUGUCGAUUCGAUUGGAAAAACGCAAAUAAAAUAUAUGACGCCACCAAAAAAUUAAAAAUUGAGCUGAUGCCAAUGCAAAUAAGAACUUUUAUUAUAGAUAUUAAAAAGAAGUAGAUAAAUGACGAAACAGUGUACUUAAAAAUCACAAACGGUUUUUAUUGA